GGCAGGGAGGGGAAGAGCUGCAGAAAUGUCAAACUACUUCACUUGACGCAAGAUGAACCCUCUCGCUUUGAUUCAUUUCAUACACAGAGUUUAUAAUACUUUUAAUUAGCUUCUGUGCUGUUCUGCAGCUCUCGUAGCACAACAAUGGACUCUAACAUUAUGGAGAUAAUAGAGGAAUUCAUGGACAGUGCUUUGGUGCAAUGGGUUCAGCUGUUUGACAAGAUGGUGGAAGGAGAGGAUGGUUUAUCUCUUUACAACCAGUACAUGGAAGUAAACUCAAUAACCGAGGGUACCCGGGACCGCUACAUGAGGCUGACCAAUGGGAUUUUCCUCAAUGAGGUCAUGAGGGUCAUAGACCCGAACCCCAAAGUGGAGCGGCUGUAUGACAGCGACAGAAACGACCACAUGCUGAGAGUCCAGAACUUUUCAAUUUUAAAUCGACACCUCAGAGCUUUCUACCAGGAAGACCUGCAGCAGUUGAUACUGAUGCCUCUCCCAAAUGUUGCCAUCCUGGGGCAGGACCCCCUAACAGAGGCUGCCGUGGAAGAGCUCAGGCGACUGCUGCUGCUUUUACUCGGAUGUGCAGUGCAGUGUGAGAGGAAGCAGACGUUCAUUCAGCAAAUCCAGUCUCUGGACAUUGAGACCCAGGCAGCCAUCGCCAGCUGUAUCCAGCAGGUGACUCAGGAUCCACGCAUGGUGCUGCCGCUCAGGUGGGAGGAACUAGUGGAGGUUGAGGGUGCAGACUUACAGCUGGUGUUCAGCUCCAUGGCCAAACAGAUCCAGAACCUGCUGGCACAGAGGGAUACACACCUGGAGAGGAUAACAGAGCUGUGUCGGGAGCGGGAGGCCCAUGCUGACUCAACCAUAGGGCCCUUGGGUGGGCGCAGCGAGGAGCCACCCCAAGGUCUGGCACUCCAGCUGGCAGAUAGCAAGGCCAAACUCCGACGCCUCAAACAACAACUGGAAGAUAAAGGUGAUCAGAUAUUGGAUUACACACAGGAGAUUCAAACCAUGGAGGAGCAGCUGAAGAAACUUCAGAAAGAGAACCGAUCUCUGCAGGGGGAGGUGAGGGCCAUGCGUACACUCCGUGACGAGCUGGACUGCACCCGUGAGCGAGCUGCGCGGGCUGAGAAUCUCCAGACCGAGCUUCAGAGCUGUAAACACAGAUUGCGUAGCCUGGAGCUAACACGCACUCAGCUGAAGGAGCAACAGCAGGUGUGUACUGUGCUUCAAGAGACCAAAGCUCUUCUGGAGGAGCAGCUGUCAGAUGCAAGGGCGCGUUGCUCCUCGCUACGAGAGCUUGAGAGGGACAAUCUUUCUCUGCGUCAGAGAAUCAUAGACGUGGAAGCAGAGCGUGACACCGAAAGGCAGCGGGUUGAUGAGCUGCUGGAGAUGAAUAUGAGCCUCGAGGCGGACCUGAGGCUUGGCAGCAGCAGCAGUAACAGUGUUCCUGCCCCUGUGCACCAGCCUUUCCUCCAGUCAGAACUGGAAUCUGACGAGGAGUUGUGCGAGCUGAUUGAUCUGAAGCCGCUGAGUGUGGAGGUGGGUGAGGCUUCGACGCUGAGGCUGCUUGGAGCAGAGCAGGAGAAUGCAGAGCUCAGGAGAAGACUUGAGGAGCUGCAGGCGCAGCAGGAGGCUGAUUCCCCAGAUGCAAAGGAUGAGCUGGCUUGCCUGGAGAUGGAACAUCAGAACACACUCAGAGAGUGUCAGAACCUGAAGAAUGAAAACGCCACUUUGAAGCAGCGCCUGGAUCUGCUGGUGACCAAACUGCAACACCUUGAGGACAACAGACAGGAGGAGGAGGUGGAGAGAGGAGUCCAGGGCUACGAAUACUAUCGGGGAGAGGGUGUAGGAAGGAUAAAGGUGAUGGAGGAGAGGGAGAGAAGAGGAGAAAUAAUUGGGGGUCAUAGGGAAGCAGGAGUUGGGGAAGAGGUUCUCCAUGUUCAAGGGAAAAUAGGAGAGCUGUGCAAUGAGAAGGAGGCGACAAAAAGAAGAGGAGAGGCAGAAGGAGGGCAGAAAGACAGAGAGAAGCAGGAGAAAGAAAGAGAGUUAAACAAAGAACAGGCUUCAGUAACAUCAAGCUCAGAGAUUCAACAGCAUCCUGAAAGUGAAACAGAAAAUACAGAGGCCUCAGCUGCACACCAGACUGCUUGUUCCUUGUCUAGUGCUGAUGUAGAGCUUCUAACAAACCGCUUCCAGGAGGCCCAAGAGGAGGCUGAAAGGCAAGCAACUGUGGCCCUAGACCUGCGCUCCAAGCUCGGGGAGCAGAGCAGAAAAACCUGGGAAGCCGAGCAGAGGCUGGUGGUGCUGGAGGCAGAGCUGCAUCAUCUGAAGAAAGCUGCAGAGAGUCUGGUAGAGGCCCGCAAACAGAUAGAGGCACUUCAGUCAGAGGGGCUGGUUAUGGAGGAGGAGCUGUGCCGCCUGCGGAGCCAAGCAGAGCUUCACAGGAUGCAGACCACAGUCAUCGCCACCCUGGAGGGAGAGCGGGCCACACUGGAGAGAGACAGGGACAUGCUACGCAGCACUGUGGACACCCUGCGCACCGCCCAGCGCAAGGGUGACCAGUUAGAGCUCAGUGUCCAGACUCUCAGGUCUGAGCUGGAACGUCAAGGUCGCAGUCUGGAGACCUCCCGCCGUCGGGAGGAGGAACUGGAGGCAGAGCUCAGAGAGGCCACGUUGGAGGCUGAAUCUCUGGCCCGGGCACGGGACCAGGCUCUGCUGGAGGCAUCGCGGCUCGAGCAGGAGAAGGAAGUAUGUCAGUCUGAGCUGGACAGCCAGCGGAAGGAGGGGAGACAGAGAGAAAGGGAGGCGGCAAGGCUGAAGCAGCAGCUGGAGAGCACGACCCUGGCUCUGGAGCACAGCAACCAGCGAGCUCGGGCUCUGGACGCUGAACACAGACGUGUGUGCCAGCAGCUGUCUGAGUCUAAGGAGCUCUGCACUCGACUACAGGACCUUGAGAAGGAGCUCUGCAUUCGAUUAACCAGCAUGGAGCAGGGUAAACAGCAACUACAGGAGCAGUGCACAGAUGCACAGGCCAAGAUUACCUCUCUGUCACAGGAUCUAUCGAGAGAGCAGGCUCAUUCUCAGGAAGUAUCUACUGAAGUUGAACGUCUAAAUCAGAAACUACAGAAUGCCGAGGCUGCACUGAAGAGGAUGACAGAUUCACUGAACCAGUCACAGGAAAGAAUCGAGUCGCUCUCCCAGAGCCUGAAGAAAAGUGAAUCCCUGCUACAGCUUGAGAAAAGGAGAGGAAGUGCAGAGGUUGAUGAUAGGUCUAAUUCAAAUUCAGACUCCUCAAACACAACACACGUUAGUCAGACAACCUCCAAGGAGACGCCACAUCUGGAUCAAUCCCCUGAAGCUGGCAAAGGUCUCGACCUUUCUGUUAUUCAUGAUGAGGCCUCAGGAGAGGCUGAGAGGCAGCUGAGGGAGAGGUUGACAGAGCUGGAGAAAGAGAAAGCGGUAGCGGUCGCAGCACAGGAGGCUCUGCUGUCCCGGCUGUCCGAGUCCCAGGAGGCCUGUGAGCAUCUUAAGAAGCAGCUGGAGGCCCUGCGCCGGCACUCCCUCAGCCUGCAGGACUCCUGCACCAGACUUCAAACACUGAACACCGAGCUACAGGUAGAACAAGCAUCCCUGAGUUCCCAGCAUGCAGCAGCGCUGGCCCGCUGCAGUGAGAGCGAGGUUCGGUGUGCCUCUCUGGAGGCCGAGUCCAAGGUGUGGGCACGGGAGCGAGAGGAGUCAGUGGCUCGGAUGGAGGCUCUCAGGCGGGACAAUGAACGUAUGACGGCGCUGCAGCAGCGGCAGGAGGUGGAGCUGGAGGAGCUGCUGGACAAACACUCGCAGCUGAGGAGCAACAACCGCAGCCUGGAGGCCCAGCACAGGGAGCUGGAGGCAAGGUACAAGGAGCUCCUGGACAGUAAAACCCAGCUUGAAGAGCGUGAGCAGGAGAUAAAGACGGAGAAAGAGGAGAUGGAAGCAGAGGCCCAGAGGAGACAGGAGAGAGAACGAGAGCUGGAGAGGUUGAAAGAAGACAGCGAGAGGCUGCAGGCCCAGCAGAAGGAGUGGUUGGCGUUGCAGACCGAGCUGCUGGCUCAGGGAUCGGUGCUCAGAGGGGAGCUGAGCGCCUCCCAGCUGGAGCGGACGCGGCUGGAGGGGGAACUCAGCACCCUGAGGGAAACCAACCAAAGCCUGGACCUCAGCAAUGCCCGCCUCACCAGCCAGUACCAGCUGUUGACCCAGCUGAAGGGAAACAUGGAGGAAGAGAACCGACAGUUGGCCGAGCAGAACCAGAGCCUGCUGAAGGAGAACCGGGCUUUACUGGAGCAGAGUCUGGAGCGCCGAGACCAGCACUAUUCACAGCAGAGGGAGUACCAGGAGAAGCUGAGCGAGCUCCGUCGGGAGAAGCAGAAGUUGGUGGAGAAGAUUAUGGAUCAGUAUAGAGUCCUUGAGCCCAGCAUGCAGCCUCCGGCCAGCAAAGCAAAGAAAUCUAACUGGAUUGCAGACAGGAUGAAGAAGCUAAUCAAACCGCGGGGAGGAGGGAAGGAGGGACGCGCCCUCUUCACCGCCGCGGGCAGUGUGGAAAACCUGGCCGACAGCCCUGAAUUUACAUCAGACUCGCACACACCUCAGCCUGACCCCCGCAGUGCUCCAGUCUCUCCAUCCCCGGCGAGAAAAGCUCCAUCCCAAGCAGACCCAGAAAUCUCAGCUCCCGGGACCCCAGUCCUGCGUUCUGGCUCCGGGGGCCGUCGUAAGCUGGGAUCCCGUCACGGCUGGGGGCUCGGGCUCGCCAGAGGAGGAUCCGGAGUUUCUCAGUCAUUCAGUCCUGGUGAUCACAAAACACCACCCCGACUGCGGCUUCGCUCCAACCAGAACACCUCCUCCGUCCUCUGGGAGGGAGAGCGAGGUCAAACAAAUGCAGAACAAGCAGGGGAUGCGGCACUGACCAAGCGGGACAGUGUCGAAGAGGAGAGUAGAGGUGAGGACGAGAAAGUGUAAUGAGGAAGAUGUCUUGCAAUGUUUGUACUUUUCCAGAAAUCAGCACCUAACUAGUCACAUUUUUAACAGAACAAGAAUAUAGUAAGAUGUAUUUGUAUGAGGGGGGAUUUUUAAAAGAGUUCUCUGAAUUUUUAUGAAAAGGAAAAUAAAUACUUUGUUUAAAUAUACUUGAAAUGGUUGCGUGUGUUUGCAAGGCUCCCAGCUACGUGCACAGCAUGAAGAAAGGUCUUUGGGGAAACAAGUGAAAUGUCAAGCUGAAUAAAAAUUGGACUGUAAAGUAAAAACGGAGCCUGGAGAAUGGCCCUAACAUCUACAAUCACUGAAGAUACAGCUAAUGCUCGUCUUAAUAAAACAUGCAUGGGCCUAUUAGACUGAGAUAUUCUCUGCCCUCCAGACAAUCAACACUCACAGCGCAGACAUGGCAGAGAAAGAACCGCUGCAGACUCUCAAUUAAGAGACCUGUUUUAUAUUAUAUAUGCUCCUGGCAAACACUUGUAAUGGUUUUGUGUGUCGGCUGUUUUAAAUAUGUUUUCCUUCAGUUUUUUGGAAUACGUGAAUAAAAUAAAC